CAGGGCGGGACCGCCCGGGAGCAUGCGUGCAGCGGUCCUGGUGGGAGGGGAGGGGGUUUGCGCUGAUAGGCUCUUCGUGGCGGCUCGACCUCGGCAGCGGCGCGCCUGCGGGUGGACGUGGGGGCAGGCUGGUCGGCCGGCGGGCAUGACCGCGGCGCAGGGUGGCGCGGAACGCUACUUUACGCGUUGGUACAAGCCAGAUGUGAAGGGGCGGCCGUGCGAAGACUUCUGCGUGCUGCAGCACUCCAACAGAAUUUGUGUCAUCACCUUGGCAGAAGCCCAUCCUCUUCUUCAAAAUGGAAAAACAAUUAAAAGCAUUAAUUACCAAAUCAGUGCCAACUGCAGCAGACUUCAAAAUAAGGUCUCUGGGAAAUCAAAAAGGGGAGCUCAGUUUCUAACAGAACUUGCCCCUCUGUGCAGGAUAUCCUCCUCAGAUGGAGAGGAGUACACCAUUUAUAGUUGUAUACGAGGGCGACUGAUAGAAGUGAAUGAAAACAUUCUUAGUAAUCCAGCUAUUCUGCAAGAGAAGCCAUCAACUGAAGGAUACAUAGCAGUGGUUCUACCCAAAUUUGAGGAAAGCAAGAGUAUAACUCAAGGACUUCUGACGCAGAAGGAAUAUGAAGAAGUCUUGUUGAAACGUCUUAGUUCUUCUUCAUGAAAUUAAGUAUGCAGGUAUCAUCUGUAUUGGCUAGCAAAUGAACUACUUGUAUUGUACACUAUAACUUCCAUGGUAUUGAAAGGUCUAGUGUCCAUUUUUAAAAGCAUAACUUAAAUACUUGUUUCACACAAGAAUAAAGUACCUCAAAUAGUUUGUA